AGUUGGUUGCGAUUCGCCAAAUGAAAAGGUAAAGAAGAAGUAAUUGGAAGUGAACAUGACCAAGAACCAUUUCCACGAUAGCGUUUUUAUUUAAAUAUUAACUCCACAGAACUCAAAAUGACUAAUUUAACUGCACAGCAUCACAUACCUGCUCCGGGUAGUCAUUAAUUCGUGUUGGAGACAGGACUUGGUUGAUAGAUGUUAUCUAGGUAACUAAGCUAUAUAGCAGUUAAUGUUAGCUAACAAUGGCUAACUGUAUGGUUUUUCACACACAAAUAGCCUCCGUCAUGGAGGUUCUAGCGAAUGCAGCCGUGGCAGAGAUAUGUAAACUCGUAGACGACGACUAUGCAGUGUUUCGUUUGGAAAUUUCUCAAAGCCAGAAGGAAAACGGGGCAUUACGGAGGAAACUCCAGCUACUGGAACUGAAGAUGGCACGGGAGCGCGCAGAGAGGACAAGGCGAGAGCGCGUCCUCGCCAGUCCUCCCAGAAGUGUCAAUAUUCUCGACCGAGGAUUGGCAAGAGGUAAAGGACAUCUCACUGGAGGCCAUAGGUGCUUUGUGAAGGCAGCGGGACACAACGCGUGGAGAGAUGACCAACUCAUAUCUAUAGAUGAGGGGAGUGGAACCUCAACCAGGCACGUUAUCAUGAUAGAGUCUGCAGAGGCUGCAGGUCCUGGGGUCAAGCAGGAGACGUCUGAAGGAGAGGAGGACCAAAGGCACAGCAGAGACAUCCAGACUGGAGACCCUACCAUCGCUCCAGCGCCGCCCAGGAUCCAAAGCAGCAUCACGGACGUCAGUGGAAUGCCGAACGCCGUCCUCAAGUCAGAGACAAACACAGAGACUUUAACUGUACCACACAGGCUCUUACACACAGGAUCUGACCACAGAUCAGACCCAGUGGGGCUUGAGCGACUGGGCUGUCCUCCUGCUCCUGGCUCAGAGUAUUUACCAGUAUUUCACCAGAGCGAGAGGACGGUUAAUUCCCAUGGAGAUGAUGAUGGUGACACGUUAGACACUGGUGGUGAUUCAUCUUGUUCUUACGCUACAGAGAUGGACCCUGUCAACAUAUCCUUGGGUUUCGAGAGACAUACUGAUCUGUCUAGAGGGGACUGGAACCGGUACAGUAGUGGUGUAUACUCUGAAGGGUGCCUAGAUAAGAAAGGGGAGGUUAUAGUGGUAGAUGAGGUGAAAGUGGAGGGCAACGCUCCUCUGACAUGGAAUGCAGAUGAGACUCACUUAGAAGGACACUCUCAAGGCAGAGAUUUCUUAGAUUACACGGAGAACUUAGAGACGACCCACUCCCCUCCACAUGCUUUCAGGGAUCGCAACCCAGUGUCCACGUCAAUGGGGCCUUCCGAUUCACACAGCCGGGUCCUUUUCGAUCAAGUAUUGAACUCAAACGACAGGGCUACAGCCCAGACUCAGGGAGGGCGAGUCACAUCAGGCAAUAUCAAAGAGAAGCGAUUCCUCUGCAUGUUCUGUAACAAAGGCUUCAGCUGCCCCCAGAAGGUAGAGAUCCACCAGAGGGUCCACACGGGGGUGAAACCAUUCAGCUGUACCCAGUGUCACAUGCGCUUUGCUGAGGCUGGCAGCCUGAAGAGGCACCAGAGGGUCCACACAGGAGAGAAACCCUUCAGCUGUACCCAGUGUCAUAUGUGCUUCUCCCACUCUUUCAGCCUGAAAAGACACCAAAGGGUCCACACAGGCGACAAAUCAUACAGCUGCCCUCAGUGUGAGAAGAGCUUCACCCACCAGAACCAGCUGAAGAUGCACCUGAAGGUCCACAUGAGAGAAAGGCCGUUUGCCUGUACGCACUGCGGGAAGAGGUUCUCAGAGAGGAGCUACCUCCGGAUACACCAGCAGAAAAACCAUUCCACUUUAUAACAUAGAAAGUACCCAUUCCACUCGAUAGCUUCUGACUUUUCGAUCAAACCUUGCAUUAAAGACAGAUUAAAUUUUCAUUGCAGAAAAGAUCCCCAGAUGCAUUUGGAAUAAUGACAGUAACAGAUCUGUGUUGAAUAUUCCUGGGUAGAAUAUUGCAUACAGACAUUGUUUGAUAUAUGACAUGUACACCCCUCACAUUUUUGUAAAUAUUUGAGUAUAUCUUUUCAUGUGACAACACUGAAGAAAUUACACUUUGCUACAAUGUAAAGUAGCGUGUACAGCUUGUAUAACAGUGUAAAUUUGCUGUCCCCUCAAAAUAACGCAACACACAGCCAUUAAUGUCUAAACCGCUGGCAACAAAAGUGGGCCCAAAGUGUCAAUAUUUUGUGUGGCCACCAUCAUUUUCCAGCACUGCCUUAACCCUCUCGGGCAUGGAGUUCACCAGAGCUUCACAGGUUGCCACUGGAGUCCUCUUCCACUCCUCCAUGACGACAUCAUGGAGCUGGUGGAUGUUAGAGACAUCGCACUCCUCCACCUUCUGUUUGAGGAUGCCCCACAGAUGCUCAAUAGGGUUUAGGUCUGGAGACAUGCUUGGCCAGUCCAUCACCUUUACCCUCAGCUUCUUUAGCAAGGCAGUGGUCGUCUUGGAGGUGUGUUUGGGGUCGUUAUCAUGUUGGAAUACUGCCCAGCGGCCCUAGUCUCCGAAGGGAGGGGAUCAUGCUCUGCUUCAGUAUGUCACAGUACAUGUUGGCAUUCAUGGUUCCCUCAAUGAACUGUAGCUCCCCAGUGCCGGCAGCACUCAUGCAGCCCCAGACCAUGACACUCCCACCACCAUGCUUGAUUGUAGGCAAGACACACUUGCCUUUGUACUCAUCACCUGGUUGCCGCCACACACGCUUGACACCAUCUGAACCAAAUAAGUUUAUCUUGGUCUCAUCAGACCACAGGACAUGGUUCCAGUAAUCUACAGUGGGGCAAAAAAGUAUUUAGUCAGCCACCAAUUGUGCAAGUUCUGACUUAAAAAGAUGAGAGAGGCCUGAAAUUUUCAUCAUAGGUACACUUCAACUAUGACAGACAAAAUGAGGGAAAAAAUCCAGAAAAUCACAUUUUAUGAUUUUUUUAAAUGAAUUUAUUUGCAAAUUA